UGAGACACAGCUGAGGGAAGAGAGUCCCCACAGCAAGGAAAAAAGGCGUCACGCUAGCGUUAGCCAGUCUCACAGCUAGCAAGAAAGAGAAGAGACGGAAAUAAUUAUAACCCUGGGUGCCACCGCAAACACAUAAAUGUUUUCGAGAACGCGAUAUUUAGAGACGAAGAUGAACAGCUUCAGCAGAGCCAAUAAACACAGGACGACACACCUUGGAACGCUGAAGCCCGACAUGGAGAGAGAUUCCGGCUUCUCAGAUGCCAGCUCUGAGUACCUCAGUACAGUCGACCUGACUGACUCUGAAGAUGUGGGAAGGAAUGGGUCAACUGUUGGUCUGAACCCGUCUGGUCCCCAGGUGUCUGUGAUGGGAGGCUCAUACUCUGGAUUGUCUCCUAUGAUCAUCAUGAACAACUUUGUCUUAAAGCAGCCUUCACAGAUUGCUGAACCUGAAAAACAGUGGGGCUUUCCUUCAUCCUUAGAAAUGAUGCCUCAGUCACAGGUAGUUCUUCUUCAACCAAUGCUAUCGAAUGCUAGCAGCAGCCCUCCAAAGACCUACUCAGAAAAUAUUCAGCAGUCAAAAAGCUUUGUGCCACCCCUCAAGUCAUAUCCCAGAAUUGCCCCUCACCCAGCAGAGGUGGCAUCUAAGAGGGUGGGAUCCCACAGAGUGAAAGGCAGUUCAGCUUCUGGGUAUGAGCAGCGGCAGCGCAGGCACCAGCACAGCCACAGGCUCUACAGCUCCCCCAGCCCACAGCCAGCACUGCAGCCUCCAGUCAAAGCCCUCACUAGCUUUGAUGCAGCAAGCAACCAACCACAUGGAACUGAGGAGCAGCUCAGUGACAGGUCUCUCUCUUCGCUAGCAGCAACCAGCUCCCUACUGAACUUAACAGACGAGUUCAGCUCAAACAUGGACAGCAGCAGUGUACAUGAUGGAUGUCAGGAUGCCCUCUCCGUGGACAGUAACAAACUGAAGCGAUUCAGCAACACCUACAAUAUUCUCAACAAGUCUGGUUUACUGGGGAUCACGUUGCGCACAAAGCAGCUGAUCAAGGAGAAUAAGCGCACCCAAGGCCAACUGCAGCAGCUGCAGGAGCAAACAGGUCUGCUGCUGGAGGCUCUGAGCAGCGGAGACCCUCAGCUCUGGACUAAACUCCAGCUGUCUCUGCAGGACACCGACAAGGAACAGUGUGGAGCGAAGGCUCAGAGAAUCCUGGCAUAAUGUCCUGGUGGACCUGACUGGCCGAUUUACAUGAAGUAAAGCCACAUCAGAUGCUCACGGUAAAAGCUUUCUUCUUGUGAUUAGUUUAGUUUAGUUUAGUUUAGGAGGCAGAACAUAGAAAUGAAAUUGCGGGUUUAAGCACUAGACAUGAAGCUGAAGCACAUCCACUGGUACUAAGUGUUAAGGAGCAUGCAUACGUUUGAAACCCUCGCCUUUAAUAAGACUUCUUGCCUCUGCUGUUUUAAAAUAGCAAGUAUCACUUGCAAUAGGGCUAUGGCUUCUAUAUGGUGUAAUGCAUGCCUUACAGCAUACUUCAGGGUAAUUCCCUACACAAGCCUUGAAUGUGAAUACUAUAGAGAAAAUAUAAGCAUUGUGACGCAUUUUUUAAGAAAAUAGACAACCUGGCAUAGAUACAUGGUCUCAAGUCCUACUGUUAGUUUUUGUCUUUUAAAUUAGUAAAUACUAAAUUAAUGUCUCUCUUAGACUGGAAAAUGUAUAGAGGGAAUAACAUUAUUUUUUAUAAUUUUGGUCAUUUGUAAGUAGUAUUUAUUUGUAACAAUUGUUUCUGACCUAAAAUCAAGUUAUGUUAAUAAUAUAAAAAGUUUAUCAUAUAAUAAUAAUAAUAAGCUUUCAGGUUUAGAUUCUUUAAUGUUAUGAACUGUCAUUUCUAAAAGCUUGAAUUGUAGCAGGUGAAGUUGUAGCUUAUCUUUCUGCCAUGUUCUACUGAAGAGCAGUAUUCAGCAGGAUUUAUCUGAGAGAUGACAUUUUUAUGUGGCUUUAUUUAGCUUUUUACAUUUUUAGACAAAUGACUUCUUUCUCAAAUUGAGCUUUCUGUCUACACAACAACAUGAAUGUCAAACGUUUACCUUGAUGGCUGUGCCUUUGGAUAUGGUCAUGGUUUCGUUUUGUAUUUUUUCUUGUGUAACUUAGAUUUCAGUAUUGCCUCAUGACCGUUGCGUGGACAAAAAUAAAUUGUGCUUUAGCCCCAAAUGUCACAGCUACGGUGAAAUAACACAAUCAGAUUUCAAGCUACAAAUGAUUUAAAUUCAAAUGUUAACUAAACUAAAUUCAUACAAACAGCACAUUGAUUUUGCAACAUUUUAUAAACACUACUAGUAAAACUGUAAAACUACUAAAAUAUAUUCAAAUUGGGUUAAAAGUGUAAAUAAUGGCUACAAAUACUAUUUUAUUACAUUUAAGAGGUUGUUUUGUCCAUGUUAUUGUGAAAUGUGCUUUCUGUAUUUUUUCUUUAGCAAAAGUCACUUUGGCCAAUUACAAACCUUCAUAAAAUCUAAUUUGAAAACCA